AUUUCCUUUUCUGCAGAUUCCUUCUCUCUUUCUCCUCUUUCCUUUUGCCCUUUCCAUUUUUUCCCAUUCUAUUUUUUUCUCCAUCUUUGUAUAUAAAUUUAGUCGAUCAAUUACAGCUUCAAUUGAAAACCUAACUCCCUAUAUUUUUCUGUUUGCUUAUCUUCUCGUUUAACAUUAAUCUCCAGUGGUGACAAUGUCAACUCCUGCAAGGAAGAGGCUAAUGAGAGACUUUAAGAGGUUGCAACAAGACCCACCUGCGGGUAUCAGUGGAGCACCUCAAGACAACAAUAUAAUGCUUUGGAAUGCUGUUAUAUUCGGUCCAGAUGAUACUCCAUGGGAUGGAGGUACAUUCAAGUUGACUCUUCAAUUCACUGAGGAUUAUCCAAACAAACCUCCAACAGUGAGAUUUGUUUCCCGAAUGUUUCAUCCAAAUAUUUAUGCCGAUGGAAGUAUUUGUUUGGACAUUUUACAGAACCAAUGGAGUCCUAUAUAUGAUGUAGCAGCUAUUCUCACAUCCAUCCAGUCAUUGCUCUGUGACCCCAAUCCAAACUCACCUGCAAACUCAGAAGCGGCUAGGAUGUUUAGUGAGAACAAGCGCGAAUAUAACCGAAGAGUAAGGGAGAUUGUGGAACAGAGUUGGACAGCGGACUAGCUCCAUGUUACGGUGGGACAGUGGGUUUUAAGGUUUGAUGUAAUGGUAACAUUGAUUCUCAGUGUUACUGUCAGGAUUCAUCAACUGUAUCCUCUGCACCCGCGCAUGUUCCCUUUAGAAAUGGAUGUUAGGGCUAUUUGAUCUACCUCGUACUAAGACAUUUUGCUUUCUGUGUCUUAAGCUUGUGUAAAGUAACAUUACAUGUAUCCAUUUCCAUUGAACCAUUAUGAACUUUUUGCUUCAAUAUAAAUCUCUGGUUGAUUCGUCGUAAACAAAAUGUUCAAUUAUUU